CAAUUUUUCUCCCAUAAGAGACACUUCUCCAUAUCCCUAUACUCAUAAGAUAAACAUAUCAAUUUGUAAAACUUCUUCGUUUCUACCAAUUAGGAAGUUUAUCUAUGGUUUCUGCAUAAUAGACUGGUUGGAAGUCAUAAUUCUUUGGCAUUCUGAUGCGUACGACCAUAGAGAAAGUUAGUGGUGAUUGUGAAGUGUUACUUUUUCAAAUUGCCAUAGAACUAAUAAUUUGAGUGUAAUACGUACGUCAUUUCCCUUGUAGUGGCUUACGUUCUUCAUUAUUUUUCAUCUUUUUUCAAGUGUCAGAAAUAAAACGCGUCUCGUUAUUAAGUCUUGUUCUGUCAUUGUAAUAUGUCCGCCAAAUUUGUCAGUUUUGCUAUAUCAUCUUUAAUAAGUAUUUAACCGAAAAUAGCAAAAAGUGGACAAAGACUAAACUGAAUAUAGUGUUAUUUACUUUAUUUAAGACUGUUAUAUUCAUUUCAAAGGAGCAAAAUGAAAGUGACACUAAAGAAUCUUCAACAGCAAAGCUUUAUUGUGGAUAUAGAGGCGACUAAUACGGUUAAACAACUAAAACAAAAAAUUGAAUCCGAAAAGGGAAAAGACUAUCCUUCUGAAAACCAGAGACUGAUUUAUGCAGGCAAAAUACUUACUGAUGAAACUGUUCUAUCAGAAUAUAAUAUUGACGAAAAAAAGUUUGUUGUGAUAAUGGUAACAAAGCCAAAACAACCUGAGAAAACUGAAAGUGGAGAUGGAAAUUCUAGUACUACAAGUACACCUGCAACUCCAGUCUCCCAACCUACUCAGCCUGCUUCUACUGAAGUUACAAUUCCAGUAUCUCAACAAACUCCUAGUGUACCAUCUUCUGUAAGUAGUGUUGCCGAAUCUACAUUACUGAUGGGUGAUGAAUAUGAAACAAUGGUACAAAAUAUAAUUGAUAUGGGUUAUAUAAGAGACCAAGUUGAACAAGCAUUACGUGCUAGUUUUAAUAAUCCUGAGAGAGCAGUAGAAUACCUCAUAAAUGGUAUACCACCAAUGGAUGAAUCUGUAAAUGAGACUACUGAUCUUUCAGGAGUAGAUGAAAGACAGUCUGAUACAGAUGAUCCACUAGCAUUUUUGAGAACUCAACCACAGUUUCAACAGAUGAGACAAGUUAUUCAACAAAAUCCACAACUUCUUAAUGCAGUAUUGCAACAAAUCGGACAAACUAAUCCUGCGUUGUUACAAUUGAUAUCUCAAAAUCAAGAAUCUUUCGUCAGGAUGCUCAACGAACCAACCCCUGGAGCUCUAACAACUGAAACUGGAAAUAUUACAGCUGGAUCUUUAGGAACCCAGGCAGCAGCAGGAGGUCCUCCACAGGGUGUGAUACAAAUAACCCCACAAGACAAAGAUGCCAUUGAAAGGUUAAAAGCAUUGGGCUUCCCAGAACAUUUGGUAGUACAGGCCUAUUUUGCUUGUGAAAAAAAUGAAAAUUUGGCCGCUAACUUCUUAUUAUCUCAAAAUUUCGACGAAUAAUUUUGCUUACAGAGUUACUGUUUUUUUUUGUUUUGUUUUUAUAUUGCUCUCAGGCACACUAAAACCCAUCUGUUGACUUUUGAAUUGAAAGUUUCCAUACACUUUAUUUAUAUAUAAGUGGUUUAUCCCUAAGAUAACAAAAUUGAUUGAUCCACUUUAACAAUUUAGUAGACAAUCAUAAUAUAGUGAGGGAUUUAAAAAGUAUGAUCAAGAAAGAUACUAGUCAUUGUUAAGUUUUAUAGUUCCAUCAAGAUUGAGGUCUGCUUGUACAAGUUCCUUUAACAAACAUGAAUUAAACUCAAGAAAUUAUCAAUUUGAUAUUUUCUAUCUGCUUCUAUAACAGUUAUAUUCGUCAGUUCACCAAAUUUACUUGCCCUAAUUGGUAUGUCAGAUGUCUUAGCUUCUAUAUUGUAUUUUUUAUGUCUAUGCACAAGCCAGACAAUUUCAUAGAGGAGACUAGAUGUAAUAACUUUUUAAAGAGAGAAUACCACAGAUAUAUUGAUCAGCAGGUAAUUGAAGUAGAUUUUGGGAUAGUCAUUAGUUCUAUAUUUUUUUUGUAUAAUGUAAAAUUUAGAGUACAACCUUUUAUUUUUAGUCUGUGAAAUUUAAUCAGAUGAAAAUAUCUUGACAUGGUCAAAAUAAAAUUAAAAAUAACAUAAAUGGAGUUAGAAGUUGUACUAGCCCCUGUUUUCUCUAUCACUUUAUUUCCUUAUUCGAUAUCUAAAGAAGUAAAAAUGUUAACGUAGAACUAUUUUCACUUCUUCAUAUUGACUUCUAGUUAGCCGUACAAAUAAUCAAUAAUAUUAUUAUGGGCAAUCACUUAUCUCAUAAUGUGUAUGGCUUCAGCUUUCUGGUGGGUAUUUAGCGGUAUGUUUCUUAUUUGUAAUAUCACAUUUUCAUUUUUUGUUUCAGUUGGAUUGUGUAUCUUGCUGUACAUAGCCUGAAAAAUAAAUUGAUAAAAACUGCUUGAAAUUUUUUCUAAAAUUUAAUUUGUAAUAUAACUAGUAAUUUUCCAAGGAAAAUACUUUUCUGGUUAUUUAUUGUAAUGAAUAAUUUCUUCAAGUCACAAUGUUAAACUUACAAUGUCUAGAAAAUAUAUUUAACAGUGCAAUGUUUUUUAAUGUUUUUAUCUUAAUAUUCCUUCUUUAUUAUGUAUAUUCAUUUAAUAUAUGAAGAAAUAUGUGAAAAAAAAGAAAAAAUCAAGUAUUAUAAUUAGACAAUAAAAAAUAAAUACAAUGAACAAUCCGAAAAAUUCAGAAAGAAAAACACUUGUAGAUACACCACACUGUUUUUAUAAAACAAUAUUUGAGAAUAGAAAAACAAAACCCACAUUGAAAAUGAAGUGUUAAUAGAGGAAAAAUAUGUCAAAAAUGGGACCUCUGUUUCAACUCUACCUAGUUUUCCCAAUAAAAUUAUAUUUAAUACUCAAAUAGGUUAAAUAAAUCUACUUUUUCUAAAUAUGAGUGCAUGCAUGACUCAUGAAAGAGGGUGGGGUACUCUAUUUCCUAAUUAUCAGUUUUUAAAGCAAUAACAUAUUCAUCACGGGAUUGUAUUUGUAGCAGUCUUCCAAUGUUUUAUUUUCCUCUGUAAAAUAUUUAUUGUAGUUUAGGGUGUGAUACCGAAAAGGUAUAUUGCAUUUUUCUCUACUUUCAUCGCGUUAAAAGUAACUGUAUGCAUGGAUAUCAGGACAGAAUCUAACCUAACAGAUAUUCUAUGUUAGCUGUUCUGUUCGGAUACAGUUGAUUCUGAUUUUGUCUCUAAAUUCUUUGAAGCAUCUUUUGUGUAAGAUAAACAGUGAAAAACUAAGGUUAAGACUAAAACAAGCAUGUCAAGUAGGUAAUAUUUAUUUUCAAAUCUAUAUUUUGCUCUGUUACAGAGAGUAUUAGUUUUAAAUUUAUAUUUAAAUAACAAGAUUUGUUAAGUACGAUACUUCAUCAAGUAGAUUCCUAUUUUGCAAAAGAAUUUAUACAAUGCAAGCAAGUUUAAGCAGUUUUAAUCGAGGCACUAUUUUGUUUUUGUAAAAAUUAUUAAAGCUAAACAUUCAAAACUUAGGGUUUAAACUUAUUUAGUAAUUAAAACUAUGAUUUUUGAAUGAAUUUUAUUUAUAUUACAAUUUAUACAGGGCACUGCUAAUUUUAAGAAGGAAAGUAGGAGAAUAAUAUGAAGUCAACAAAAUUUCUUUUACGAGGCUAGAAAUUUUCUUACAAUUCACAUGGAUCGACAAAUAAUGGGAGCACAAAUGGAAUGUUUAGGAAGAGAAUUGAUUUUUUCUGCAAAUUUUUAAUCUAAUAAAGAAAUCCGCAGUAGUUAGUUAGUAGACUUGUUUUCCUCUGCCAGAAUAUCCGAUCGAUGUACACAAUAAUUUUAUUUGAAAGCCAUACCUCAAGCAUAUUGACAUAUAUAUAAAUAUAUAUCUUUAUAUGGCUGCUUUUAUUCUAUUUUCUUUUAAUUCUGACAUAGAUAAACAAUAUAAAUACAGAACAUCCUGCGAAUUUUAUUUGCAGCGAUGGUUAUCAAUUAUCUACAAUAUGAAAUACAGGUAUCUUGCGCAUAAUCACUAAAACUCCUAUACAGUUAAAGCUCAACUGUUCCGACUUGGAUCAUAUUGGUACCCGAUGAGACCGCAGAAAAGAUUUUGUUUGGUUUGGGACUUGGUAAAUUAGAGCGCAAGAAGUUUUUUCAUGUUUUGAGUAGGAAAUGUAAACGGUGGCAUUAAAUUUAAAAAUUGAGAAUCAAUUAGAAGCUAAUGAAUGAAGUUAACAAUCAUAGAUAUUUGCUAAAAAAGUUAUCUCUUGAUUGAUCAUAGGUAUAUGAUAAUAAUGUUGAACCAACUCUUAAUCAUCCCAAUGGAAAUAUCAAAUGUCAAAUAUAUGUGCGCUCUUGGAUUGCAAUACAAUAAAAUCCAAUUUGUGGCAAAACAAUUUAGAGCUCCAGAAAUAAUGUACCAACUCAUGUAUCUUUGCUUGUUUGUAUUUUUUUAGCCUAUAAUUACACUGUAAUUAUUACUCAUCUCGUAAUGGCCGAACUGUACCUUCUUAGUAUCAUUUUAUUCAUCUUGGCAAUAUUUAACAGUAAUAGCGUACCCUGUAUAAGUUAAUUUGUAUAUUCGAAAAUAUAUUUUGAAAAAUAUGCAGACAUGUGAUGUGUAGAUAUAAAUUCACAAGUUCGAUACCAAAAUCCACUUUUUCAUCGGCAGGAAAAUAUUUGGACAGUUAUAAAUUUUUGAGAUCUUUUUAAGUUAUACGAGAUCAAUGAAAAUUAAAAAAUCAACUUAUUUAGUUUGAGACUUGGUUGAAUUUUAUGAAAUUAGAAAUAAAAUAUAUCACUCAAAAUGUACAAUUGUCUGAAUCUGGAGUGAACAAAAUGAUAAAAUUAACUGCGCAAUGCAAAAUGAAUAAAAUAUUUGGUUGAGUUAGAACUACAAGAACAUUUAAUCAGCAAAAAAGCUGCUUAUUGUAAAUAUAAAGCAAGCUGUCACUGAAAGUUUUUUUCUCAAAAUGUGUUGAAAGUGAGGUUUAAUUGCUUUAAAUAAACCUCAUGCUACAAUGUUGUAACUUUGAAAGUUUUAAUCAAUCAAUACCGAGGGCUGCCUUUUUGGUUUUGUUAACACACAAAAAUUAAGAUCACCAUUAAUCAAAUUAACCAUAAAUGAAAAUUUUAUUUAAUAAUAACGAAAUCACAAUCUCACAAAAUUUUUAGUGGUCCUACGCGCAAAUACAUUAAAACUUAAGUGAAAAAAAUUCGUUUCUUGUUGGAUACCAUAAAUAUUUCCGAUAAAAUUUUUUGCUGAUACAUGAAUUUGUGAGAAAAUAUAGUGAGAUAAACACUACCAUAACUAUUCACACUUAGUUUUUGAGAAAAUUGAAUUAAUAAAAAAAUAUAGUUUUUCUCGAUACUUUUAACGAUUUCCAGUAAUCAAUAAGUACUAGUUUACUACUUAAGAGAUUUGGUAGGCCAAUUCAUUAAUUUUCGAGAAAUAAUUAUUUUUAAACUCUAUCUUUAAUUUGAUUCGAGAUCUUUAUGUAAGUGUGAAGAGACUGCCCUCAUAAACAUUUUAAUAUCUGGUAUCUGAGUAUUUUUAAAUAAUAAAUUAAAUAAAUCUAUAAAUAGAAGCAACAAAAACUUACUAACAGUUCAUGUUAGUAGAUGAACAUAACAAAUAUUGUAAAAUUUUAUAAACGACUGUCCCUUAUUUAUAUUUUUACCCUACUAUUUAUUAAGAUCACAAUUGAAUAAACACUAUGCGAUUUUUCUUUCCAAUUCUAUUCGUCGUUUUCGCUUUCAUGGGCAAACUUCAAGAACACCUGUUCCAACGUUGUUUGACUAAAACUAUAUUCUUCAAUGUCCAGCUCUACUUUAGCUGAAAAAAUAUGAAUUUCAAUUGAAUUUAACCAUAUGAUAACAAAAAUAUAUAAUGUAUAUGUUCAGUUUUAUUUUCUAACUGUUGCAUCUUUUCAUGAAUUUGAUAGUGUAGGUGUUCAGGGAUUGUAAAGUAUAUAAUCAAUAAUUGUUCAUUUAUUUCUACUAUACUUAUUUUUGUAUAAGUUUCGAUAUAUCAAUAGAUAAGUCAGUCCGAAUUUCAGUGAGCUUGUCAAAUAAUGUCAAGAUUGUUGCCUUGUUUUAGUAUAAUUUCUGCUGUCUUGCCUACUAAUUUAGAAGUAAAGCAUUGAAUAAAGGUUAC